UUAGCAACAUUGUAACGUAUGCAUACUGUUUCACACUGUCGCUUAGCGCUGCACAACACCCUUCAAGGCGCACGGCCUUGCGCACGGCAGCAAGUAAAUGUUACCUACCGCUCCCCUUGCGUCGCAUAAAGCAGCUCAAGCUCAGAAGCUUACGAACGCGAGGCGCAGCGCUUGUAAGCCCUUCAUUUGCCUAGCAGCGCCCUCCUCCUCCUCCACCACCAGCAUGCAGCAGCAACACCAGGAGCAGCAGCAGCCCAGGCCUGCGUCAUGGGUGCCCCAGAUCAGCCCGGAGGCCCGGGGCCCCUUCCUGGGUGUCCCCGACGUGCCGCUGCUGGGUCUGGGUCUGGCGGCGCUGGGGCGACCGGGUUACAUCAACCUGGGGCACGGGGGAGACCUGGGGGCAGGCAAGUCCGUUGCUGACAUGCGGGCCCACUGCGCCUCCGUGCUGGACGAGGCGCGGCGGCUGGGCAUCAGGUACUACGACGCGGCUCGCAGCUACGGGCGGGCGGAGGAGUUCCUGGCCAGCUGGCUGGGGGGGCAGCAGGGGGAGCAGGGGCAGGACCAGGGGGGGCAGCGGGGUGAGAGUCUGCUGGUGGGCAGCAAGUGGGGCUACCGGUACACGGCGGACUGGCAGGUAGACACGGGCGGUCAGCCGCACGAGGUGAAGGACCACAGCUGCGACCACCUGCGGCUGCAGGCGGGGCAGACGGAGGCGCUGCUGGGGCCCUAUCUGCGGCUCUACCAGAUCCACUCGGCAACACUGGAGAGCGGAGUGCUGGAUGCGGCGGAUGUGUUGUCGGAGCUGGCGGCGCUGAAGCGCUCCCGGGGCUGGAAGAUAGGGCUGUCGCUGUCAGGUGUGCACCAGGCCGCCACCCUGCACAAGGCGCUGCAGGUGCGCUGCCCGGGGGACGGCUCGCGGCUGUUCGACUGCGUGCAGGCCACAUACAACCUGCUGGAGCAGUCGGCAGGUCCCGCGCUGGCUGAGGCGCACGCUGCGGGUCUGUCGGUGAUCGUGAAGGAGGGGCUAGCCAACGGGCGCCUCACGCACCGCAACACCGACCCACGGUUCGCUCCACGACUGGGCGCGCUGCAACGAGUGGCGGACAAGUACGGCAGCACUGUUGACGCGGUGGCUCUGGCCGCGCUCCUGCUGCAACCCUUCCGGCCGCUGGUGCUGUCGGGGGCGGCAUGCGGGCGGCAGCUGAGGGACAACGCGGGGGCGCUGGAGCUGGCGGGCAGGCUGCAGCCCGAGGACGUGUCGCGGCUGCAGUCGGAGCUGCUCCAGCCGCCGGAGCAGUACUGGGCGGACAGGUCGGCACUGGCCUGGAACUGACUGGGG